UGUUGUCAUGAGAAACGCUGUUAGCCUCAGUCAGCAGCACACGGCUGGGUCGCUCCAAGUGGAUAUAAGUUUAUUGCCCUUUUUCCCGGUCUGACAACAUUUCUCCUACAAAAGUGGGAAAAUGUUGGGCUACAUCUGGCAUUACUUUUACUCAUCCUUCCUGAGAUACAUUCAGAAGUGGCUCAUCAGACAGGUAACAGGGACGUGUGAGCUGCAGAGGAUAUGCUCUGGAUACCAGCCAGGAGCAGCCAGGACGACAAGAGCAGAGUACUCUUUGAGGUCGUCAAAGAGCAAGGUUUUAAGAGGAGCUUUGGAAACAAGCAAGGAUAAUUUAGGACAAAGUGUGGAUCAGGUUAUGAAAGAGAAGAGCAUCAAACCGGAGAAAGAUCCCCAGUUCAAGGAGCGGUUCCACAUCUGUCUGCUCCAGAUCACAGGAUACGGCAGCUUGUACGCAUCUGUUGAAGACUUGAGGACAGUGACCUUCAGCUCAGACAACCCUAAGCAUGAGGCCAUGCUUUUUAAGCUGUGGGACCUGUUGAUGCCGGCGGUGAAACUGGAGUCCAGGAUCACCAAACAGUGGGGCGACAUCGGAUUCCAGGGAGACGAUCCCAAGACCGACUUCAGAGGAAUGGGUCUCCUGGGCCUCAUCAAUCUUGUUUUUUUCAGUGAAAAUUACACGAUGGAGGCUCAGCAGGUCCUGUCACAUGCAAACCAUCCUAAACUUGGGUAUUCAUAUGCUAUAGUUGGGAUCAAUCUGACGGAGAUGGCCUACAGCCUCCUGAAGAGUGGUGCUUUGAAACCACAUUUCUACAAUACAGUUCAGGGCUGGCCUGAGCUCCAACACUUUCAUCAGCUAUACUGUUACCUGGCAUAUGAAUUCGAUAAAUUCUGGGUUGCGGAAGAGCCGGAGAGCAUCAUGCAUUUCAAUCAGUACAGAGAGAAGUUCCAUAAUAUCGUGAAGGCACAUCUGCAGGACCCUGAUGUGUCUCUCACACUGACUGUCAGCUCUGGAAACUGACAGAAGUCGUCGUCAGCGUGACAUUUGAUCUCAAACUGGUCGAAGCGGAAAGAUUCAGCGAAGGAAAUGCUGAAUAUAAAAAAAAAACUUUACAGACACAAGCUGCCCUGCAUUUCACAUUUCUCUGAAACACAAACGCCUAAAUCCUCCUGUAUUCCGUCGUGUAAUUCGUUAGUGAUAUUCAGUGUCUUUACCGGUAGUUUUUGCAAA